UCUCUCUCUCUCUCUCACGGUCUCUGUUCUCAACUCCUUUCGGAUAGAUAAGCCCCAAACCCGAAGGCCUGCCCGCUGGCGUUGAUUUCUCUUUCCUUUUCAUCCGCCGCCAUGGCGAGUCUGGCUCUGCCCAUUCUCACCUCUCUGCUUAAACCCCAUAAAACCCACCUCUCCUUCCUAUUCUCGGCAAGCCCCAACGCCGUUUUUAUUCGCCAACGCCAUUUCAAGACGCCCGUGGUCUCUGCAAUCACCACCUCUGCGAAUACUCGACACUCGGACCCAGAAGAGGCCGCCAAGAAGGCCUCGUCGGUGCCCACCUUCCAACAAGCCAUUCAGCGCCUCCAGGAAUAUUGGGCUUCUGUAGGAUGUGCUGUAAUGCAGUGCAGCAACACUGAGGUUGGAGCAGGGACUAUGAAUCCUCUAACUUUCUUAAGGGUACUUGGUCCAGAACCAUGGAAUGUCGCGUAUGUGGAGCCUAGUAUCAGGCCAGAUGACAGUCGCUAUGGUGAAAACCCAAAUAGACUGCAGCGCCACACUCAAUUUCAGGUCAUAUUGAAGCCCGAUCCUGGAAAUUCACAAGACUUGUUUAUCCGUAGCCUAUCUGCCCUAGGUAUCAAUGUGAAUGAACAUGAUAUACGUUUUGUGGAGGACAACUGGGAAAGCCCGGUACUCGGUGCUUGGGGUUUGGGCUGGGAAAUUUGGAUGGAUGGGAUGGAAAUCACACAAUUCACCUACUUUCAACAGGCUGGAAGUCUGCAAUUGGUGCCCGUAUCUGUUGAGAUAACUUAUGGGCUUGAACGCAUCCUCAUGUUGCUUCAGGGAGUUGACCAUUUCAAGAAAAUUCACUAUGCAGAUGGAAUUACAUACGGAGAGCUGUUUCUAGAGAAUGAGAUGGAAAUGAGCAGAUAUUACCUAGAGCAUGCCAGUGUUGCAUGUAUUCAAAAACACUUUGAUCUUUUUGAGGAAGAGGCUCGCUCUUUGCUUGAUUUAGGCUUAGCAAUACCUGCGUAUGAUCAGCUUUUAAAGACAUCUCAUGCUUUUAACAUUUUAGACUCUAGAGGUUUUGUUGGGGUGACAGAAAGGGCUCGUUAUUUUGGUCGGAUGCGUAGUUUGGCUCGUCAAUGUGCACAACUUUGGUUAAAGACAAGGGAGUCUCUUGUGCAUCCAUUGGGUGUUAUUUCUGAAGCUGAUAAUCUUGUUUGUCCUGAGGAAGUUUUGGAGGCAGCAGCUAGAAAGGUCCCUGAGGAACCAAGGAUGUUCAUGCUUGAAGUUGGGACAGAAGAGUUACCACCUACUGAUGUAGUUAACGCAAGCCAACAACUUAAGGAACUAAUUGUGCAAUUACUGGAGAAACAAAGGUUGACCCAUGGAGAAGUGCUAGCAUUUGGCACACCUCGCAGACUGGUGGUUCAAGUUGAGAGCCUAUGCUCCAGGCAAGUGGAAAAUGAGGUUGAAAUCCGGGGACCUCCAGUUUCUAAAGCAUUUGAUAAGCAAGGAAAUCCUACCAAGGCUGCUGAGGGUUUCUGCCGUAGAUACCACAUAUCACUGGAUUCCUUGUACAUAAAGGUUGAAGGGAAAACGGAAUAUGUUUAUGCUCGUGUGGUGGAGUCUACAAGACUGGCUUUGGAGGUUUUAUCUGAAGAUUUGCCUUCUAUGAUUGCUAGAAUAUCUUUCCCUAAGUCAAUGCGCUGGAACUCUCAGGUCAUGUUUAGCAGGCCAAUUCGUUGGAUUUUGGCCCUCCAUGGAGAUGUAGUUAUUCCAUUUACAUUUGCUGGUGUAUUAAGUGGAAACCUAUCCUAUGGCCUCCGGAAUACUCCAUCUGCUACUGUGAGGGUUGAAAGUGCAGAAUCAUAUUCCAACAUAAUGCAGCAUGCUGGAAUUUCUGUUGCAAUUGAGCAACGCAAGAGAACAAUUUUGGAACGCUCAAAUAAUUUAGCAAAAGGUGUUAAUGGAUGUAUUGUUGUGCAGACUGCCUUACUUGAUGAGGUUGCAAAUCUUGUUGAGGCACCUGUUCCAAUACUGGGGAGGUUUCACGAGUCAUUCUUAGAGCUUCCAAAAGAUCUACUGAUAAUGGUUAUGCAAAAGCACCAGAAGUAUUUUGCCAUAACUGAUGAGGAUGGAAAACUUUUGGCAUACUUCAUUGCUGUGGCAAAUGGAGCAAUCAAUGAGAUGGUAGUAAGGAAAGGAAAUGAAGCUGUGCUCAGGGCUCGGUAUGAAGAUGCCAAGUUUUUCUACGAGAUGGACACACGCAAAAAGUUUUCAGAAUUCCGAGAUCAACUUAAUGGGAUUCUUUUUCAUGAGAAGCUAGGAACCAUGUUGGACAAGAUGAAACGUGUUCAAAGUACAGUUUCCCAAAUUGGCUUAGCUCUAGGGUUUGGGGAAGAUAAGCUCAAAAUUGUUGAGGUUGCUGCAUCACUGGCGAUGUCAGAUCUUGCUACUGCUGUUGUUACUGAAUUUACUUCCCUCUUGGGGAUAAUGGCACGGCAUUAUGCCCUUAGAGAUGGAUACUCAGAGCAGAUUGCAGAUGCAUUGUUUGAAAUCACGCUCCCAAGAUAUUCUGGAGAUAUGCUUCCAAAAACUGAUGCAGGGACUGUAUUGGCAAUUGCCGACAGGUUAGAUAGCCUUGUUGGCUUGUUUGGAGCCGGUUGUCAGCCAAGCUCCACUAAUGACCCAUUUGGCUUGCGGAGAAUCUCUUAUGGUCUAGUUCAAGUAUUGGUGGAAAACAACAGAAAUUUGGAUCUAAGAAAUGCUUUGGAACUAGCUGCUGAAGUCCAACCUUUAAAGAUAGAUGCUGGAACAAUUGAUGAUGUGCAUCAUUUUGUGACUCGGAGGCUUGAGCAAUUUCUGGUUGACAAGGGAAUAAGUCCUGAAGUUGUUCGUUCUAUCCUCAUUGAGCGUGGGAACUGUCCUUCCCUGGCAGCGACAUCUGCAUAUAAAAUGGAAGCACUGUCAAGGGGUAAACUUCUGGCAAAGGUUGUUGAAGCAUAUUCUCGUCCGACAAGGAUAGUUCGCGGAAAGGAUGUCAGUGCUGAUAUGAAGGUGGAUGAGGCUGCAUUUGAAACAGAUGAAGAGAGAGCUCUUUGGAGAACUUUCUUGUCAUUAAGCAGUGAAAUUCAUCCUGGUGUUGAGGUUGAGGAUUUUGUAGAAAAAUCUAUUCAACUAUUGCAUCCGCUGGAGGAUUUUUUUAAUAAUGUUUUUGUGAUGGUGGAAGACGAAAAAAUCAGAAAGAAUCGACUUUCUAUGCUCAGGAAAAUUGCAGACCUUCCUAAAGGGAUCGCAGACCUCUCAGUUUUGCCUGGAUUUUGAACCUUGUCCUCCUUGUAUUCAUUUGUAGCAACUUUGUCACCAUUUUAGAGAAAGUUGGGAACAAGGAAAAGAGAAGGGGGGCAUGUCUUUAAUUCUUUCGCCACAUUCAUACAAGAGAGGCCCAUUUUCUUGUUCCCCCCCGGGGGGGGGGGGGGGGGGGGGGGGGGUGAUCAGGUUCCCUGACCUAUUUUUUGAGCAACCUGCCUUUUUGAGACAGAGGGUAUUUCAGCAAGUUCUGUAAAGCAGCUGAGGAAUUUAGCUCUCAAAAUUGGGUAAAAUUUCACCCUAGCCUCCAACUAUUUGGACUAUUUUUGCCGAUACUCCAUCCAUGUAAUUUAUUUUUAGUAUUAAGGGAUUCCUAUGGCUUGUUUACUAUUCAAAACAAUCGUUUUUGUUAAGUUUACUUAUCCUGUAAAAUAUGUUUCAAAACAUAAACGAUAUAAUAUUUACAGUAAAUUAUAAAAAUAGUCUGAAUUACAUUA